AUGGUUUUCCCGGAUGUCUCCCCUGAAACUCUUGAGGUGACCUCUGUUGAUAAGUGCACCUGUUCUGGGGUUUGCAAACGCAAAACGGACUUUGACAACCUUGUGGAGAAAAUUCGCUUGGCCCUCGGGCCAUCCGCUGGCAUUGAUAGCGAUGAGGCCAAUUGCGAGCACUUGAUUAAUCUCAUGCGGCGUUAUGCCUCUAGGGAGCCGGAAUGGUCAAAGUAUGCGUUUGUCGAUGCUACCAGAAACUAUACCAGAAAUUUCGUGGACCAUGGCAAUGGAAAGGCCAAUCUGCUCGUCCUUGUCUGGAAUCCCGGUAAGGGAUCAUUGAUCCACGAUCAUGCGGACUCUCACUGUAUUAUGAAGGUUAGUGUUUGGUGUCGGACUGUCGUUCAAUUUAGUUUCUAACACGAGUCCUACAGAUUUUGAAGGGUUCGUUGGUGGAAACUUUGUUUGAUAUGCCCGGACCCGAUGAUGAAUCUAAGCCUUUGAAGCACAAGGGCUUCACCAUCUACGGGGAGAACGAAGUGGCCUAUAUUAGCAACAAGGUUAGAGCUUUUCUUCCACCCCCCCUUUGCCCUCCCGCUGCGCUCGAGAAAGUUACUCACCCAAAGACUUUAGAUUGGUCUUCACAAAAUUUCCAAUGACGACCCUGAUGAAAUUGCUGUCUCUCUUCACCUCUAUACCCCUCCGUGGAGUGAGGGUGAGAAUAGUUAGCUAACCCACCCCUUUCAUCUCCGUCAACCAAGGGGACCUGCCUAACAAUAUUGUCUAGCCGGCUGUCAUUGCUUUUCGCCAAAUGGAAAAAAGACACUUGUCAAUUUGAGCAACUAUUACUCGGUGCACGGGAGGAAGAAU